AUGGGUGCAAUCCAGAAUUUGCUUGAAGCCUGCCUUAAACAGGGCAUCGUCCUGAGUGAUAACCUAAAGCGUGCCAUUUUCUGGCAAGAUCUCAAUUCUUCAAUAAUGACAGGAUCGAGCCGAACAUUCCAUCAUCAGUCCUUUCCCGAGCUCUCCUGGAGUAGAGACAAGACAUCUUUGACUUUCUUCAAGUUACCGCCUGGGUUCCAGAUGUUGUCAUCAGUACUGGGACACACCUUUCUCGAGAUCAUGGAGGAUAUCCAUGCUCUUCAGCAAAUCCGAGACACGAAUCUCUUCGGCCCAGAAGACGCCAUAUCCAUGGCAAACGUCGACAAUCACCAGGCGUCAAUUCAGUCACGCAUCGUAGACUUGGAAGCCACCUCGUCGAUAUCAGACUGUUGCUAUGUCGGGGCUUAUCUAUGCUCAACGAUGCUGCGGUGCAAAAGGUGGCGUGCCUCGGUCGUGCCGCUUCACUUGUCGCUCCGACUGCUGUAUAAGCUACAAAAAGCAGACGCCGAACCCUGGUGGGCUGAGCAUCGAGAGCUGCUGACUUGGCUACUGCACAUUGGUGGGGCAUUCGCUCCAGCUGGGACGACGCGCUCGGAAUAUCUGGGUUUGUUGAAACGCAACCUUGAGGGCAGGCUACGAGGCUUGUACACAUCAUGGCCUGAGCUGCUUGGCAUUCUUGAGAAAUUUAUAUGGUCUGAAAAAGCGUUUUUGGCGCAGGUUCAGGCGUUUUGGAAUGAAGUCUACAUUCAGCCUGAGCUGGACAGCUACAUCCGAACCUGA